AUGCAUUUUCCGCUCGUUUCAACUCUUUCGGGAGCUCUUUGGCUCCUGGGCCACCUCCCUAACGUGGUCGCCGAACUCGAUAUCAGCAGCCCGGACAGCAUCAAAGAGUCAUCGCGGUCACUUGCCAAGGACCUGAUGACUUUUUACAAAGGCGACGAGUACGGAGAGACGCCGGAAUUGCUACCGUGGUCGUCUGAGUACAAUAAUGAAUACUGUUGGUACUUGUGUGGCAGCUUCUUCGCCACCUAUCUCGACUACUGGCAUUUGACAGGAGACGACACUUACGGGGCUACAGUUAGCAAGGCACUUCAGUUCCAAGCUGGAACUAUCAGCGAUUACAUGCCUGAUAACCAGACUGCUACCCUCACCAAUGAUGACCAGUGUUUCUGGGGCACGGCGGCUCUCCUGGCUGCCGAGUAUGGGUUCCCCGAGGUGGAAAAUGUGUGGAGGACUCAAGCAGCACCUGACCGCUAUGAUGAUACAUGCAACGGUGGCCUUCGCUGGCAAUUUCUUUCUUGGAAUGUUGGAUAUGAAUGGAAGAAUACGGGCUCCAAUGCUUGCUUCUUCAACCUAGGAGCCCGGCUUGCUCGGUUUACUGGGAACAUGACUUACUCGGAAUACUCUGACAGGAGGUGGGAAUGGCUCACUGGAGUCGGUUUCGUUGACACCCGCAACUGGAAGGUGUAUGACGGGGCUCGCGUAGAGACCAACUGCACCAAAAUAUCUAACCAUCAAUGGUCGUAUACACCAGCUAUGCUCAUUCAAGGCGCAUCAUUCAUGUACAACAACACCAACGGCUCAGACAUCUGGCGUGACCCGGCUUGCGAAUCGGUCGUGGGUCUUUGUCCGACCGAUACCCUUUUUUACAAAGGAUAUAUGCACCGGCGGCUCUCCUCAGCCACUCAACUCGCCCCUUUCUUGGUAGACAAAUGGCUUCCGGCAUUGAAAACUUCUGCUGAAGCUGCGAUCAAGCAGUGUGAGCCGGGAAACUCGACGGUCAGCAAUCGCUGCGGCUUCUACUGGGACAGCGGCAAAUUUGUCGAUCCUCAAGUCCACAAUACUACUGGUAUCGGAGAAGGGUUGAACGUUCUAGCUGCGGUUUCCAACCUACUCAUCAGGGAUGCCAAGGAACCGAUAUUUGAGGCCGUUAGAAGUGGUGGAAGCUCUAGCAACUCCCCGAGUGGCACGCUGGGGGCUUCAUCGCCGACUUCUACAACCUCACAGACAACUACGCCAGAAUCAGGAGGUGGGCAACUUGAAACAGAUUUCAAGAUGUCCUUGUUCCUUGGGUCAAUCAUACUUCUAGCCUGGAGUCUCUGA